AUGUUUAGUCAGUCAUCAACACUAAAUAUAAACACAACAAUCCUUGAUGGACAGAAAGGUUACAUUUGUAAGGAAUGUGGCAAAGCCUUCAACUGGCACUCAACACUAAUUCAACAUCAGCGAACGCAUACUGGAGAGAAACCUUACAAAUGUGAAGAAUGUGGUGAAACUUUUAAGUAUGGCUCAUCACUCAGUGGACAUGGGAAAAUCCAUACAGGAGAGAAUCCUUACAUACAUAAAAUAUGUGGGAUGGCCCUUACCCAACACUCACCUCUUACUGAACAUCACAGAAUUCGUACUGGAGAGAAACCUUACAAAUGUAAGGAAUGUGGCAAGGCCUUUACCCAGCACUCAAACCUUACUUGAUAUCACAGAAUCCAUACUGGAGAGAAACCUUACCAAUGUAAACAAUGUGACAAGGCCUGUAGCCAACAAUCACACCUGAUUAAACAUCACAGAAUUCAUACCGGAUUGAAAUGUUACAAAUGUAAAGAAGGUGACCGGUCUUUUAUGUUUUUACUUACAUUUUUUUCACAUCGUAGAGUUUAUACUGGAGAAAAACCUUACAAAUGUAAAGAAUGUGGCAAAGUCUAUACCUGGAGUUGAUGCCUUCAUGGGUAUCAGAUAAUUCAUAUUGGGAAGAAACCUUGGGAACGUAAAGAAUUUGCUGAAGCCUUUAACUAUUGCUCAGACUUUCCUUCACAUCAGAGUGUAUAUCCUUGGGUUUAAACCCAACAAGUACAGAGACUAUGACAAAGCCUUUAAGCCCAGGGUGGGCUCUGUUUCUUGAACUGUGAAAUCAUGAAGUGAGCUGAAAUCGAGAGUCGGGGGCUUAAUAGACUGGGCAGUCCAGGGGACCCUAUAAAGUUAUAAUUUUAAUGUGAAUUUUUUUUAUGUAAUAAAUUAAUAUUGCAGAAGUGUGGCAGAGAGAACACAGUUCUCAUAUACUCCUCAUCCUGUUCCCUGUUCUUGACAUCAGACAUUGCUCUGGUACUUUUGACAAAACAUACAACCAACAAGGCACCUUAAUAUUAUAGAAUUACUGAAUUAUUAUUUCACUAAUUUCAAUUAUUUUUUUUCCUCCACAAGGAUGUUAUCCAAAAUAGCAAUUUAUAGUCAUUAUCUCCCUGCAAUAUCCUUUGUUCUGUAUCAGUUUUUCAGUCUUUCCCAAGUUUCUAUACAAUUCAGGUUUGAGAAACCCUGGUUUGGUGAGGUUUUUUGUUCGUUUUGUUUUAUUUUGUUUUUUGUUUUUUUAAUCUGUAAUAUGGAAUUUGAUGUUUUUGUCAGGAUCAAAAUGUGUUUAUAGGUACCGUGACAAACUCUGAGGAGGCUUGGAGAUGCAAACUGAUAGAGAAAGUGAUGGUUUAUAUUUAAUAUGGUUAUUAGAAAAACAGAGAUGAAGUGCCAUGGCCUCUAUAAUUGAGAGACUUCCAGUCUCACAGAGCAAAUGUUUAAAUGGUUGAAUUUAAGGUUUUGGGGUAACUGCAAGGAAGGGAUGAUUUAUGGGGGAUUAUGAUUUCAUUUCUCUGUGGU